AUGCCAUUCGCCAACAUCAACGGCCACUCCCUACUUUACACGGACAUCGCACCUAGCGGAAAUCAAGAACCAAAACUCACCUUGAUCCUCAUCCAUGGCCUGGGCUCGACACAGAACUACUUCUUCCCCAUCUUCCCCUAUCUGGCGGCGUACCGGUGCAUCGUCUUCGACAACUACGGCGCUGGCCGCUCCAAGUAUGACGGUGGGGAGACCUCGAUCCCCUCGAUCGGGAAAGACGUCCUGGGCCUGCUGGACCAUCUCGGUGUCCAUAAUGCUGUCGUGAUAGGCUACUCCAUGGGCGCCAUCGUCCCAACCUAUCUUGCAGCGACCUCGCCCGACAGAGUGGUGGCAGGAGUAUGCAUUGGUCCGGUCCAUCCCAGCGAAGGUAUCGCCAACGUGUUCAAGCAACGUAUUGCUACGGUUAGAGAAGGUGGCAUCGAAACCAUGGCCAAUACGAUUCCCAAUGCCGCAACGGGAAGCAAAGCCACCGCCACCCAAAAGGGUUUUAUCCGGGAGAUGAUCAUGGGGCAAACCCCCAAGGGAUACAUCGCAAACUGUAGGGCUAUCGAGACGGCACAUCCGCCGGAAUAUGCAAAGGUCCAAUGCCCUGUCCUGAUCAUCGCCGGUGAUCAAGAUAAGAGUGCGCCGCUGGCCGGAUGCAAGGAGAUUUUCAGCAGUUUAGGCACCCAUGAGAAGAACAAACGGUUGGAAGUCCUGCAUGGCGUAGGUCAUUGGCACUGUGUCGAAGCACCAGAUGAGGUCGGUCCUCUGGUACGUGAUUUCUGCCGUCAGCUCAUAUGA